AUGGAGGUGACGGCGAUAGGGCCCGAGGGCGUAGCGUGCAGCCUUGUGGUCAGCCGUGCGCUCACAAACAACUACUCCACGCUGCACGGCGGCGCGAUCGCCACGAUCGUCGACGUGGUGGGCACUCUCGCCAUCCUCGGCCGUGAUCCUUUGCGGCCUGGCAUUUCGGUAGAGAUGAACCAGAGCUUUUGCUCCGCGGCUGCAGAGGGCGACCGACUGGAGAUACACGGCUCGGUGCUUCGGCUUGGGAAGACGCUCGCCUUCACCGAGGUGACCAUUCGCACUGGAGCCGCCGCCAAGCUCGUCGCGACCGGGCGGCACACGAAGAUGUUUACAGCAGCGAGAGGACCCUCGUCUCUAGAGACCUUCUGCUAG